CCCUCUAGUUUUGAGUUCUAAACUAAUCCAAAAUGGAGGGUUCUUCCGAUAAAUCCCGCGACGAAAAAAAGAUCGAAAGCAUUUUGUCCCAGCUUGUCACGCGCUACAACCAUUGUAUCAUGGAGCAUCCAAUAUUGACGAAGAGCGUCACAAGUGGCCUUACAGCUGGUCUUGGCAAUCUUGUCUCUCAAAAGAUUGUCAAACGUGGGACAGGUGGACUUAUUGAGUACCGACCCGUUAUAGCCUUUGCCGCAUUUGGGUUUUGUGCAACUGGUCCUCUCAUACACUAUUUCUAUGAGGCUUUGGACAAACUAGUCCCUAGGCAGGUUUCCUAUGCAAAAGCCAAAAGAUUGUUUGUUGACAGAGGCAUAUUCAGCCCUGUGUUUUUGUUGGUGUUCUUUUAUGUUGUUGCAAUCCUAGAGGGGAAGUCUCAUAGAGAAGCAAUAAUGAAAAUACGCGAGACUUACUGGACGGCACUGAAAAUGAGUUGGAGAGUGUGGAUUGUGUUUCAGUAUGUCAAUCUCAACUAUGUACCCAGACAGUAUAGAGUUCUCUGUGGAAACCUGAUGGCAUUUGUUUGGAACAUCUACUUGGCAAGCAAGCGUGCACAGAAGUCAUAAUUCAUAAGUCAUAAUAUAGGGAUAUGAUUUAAUAUAAUAUUAUUACAUUUUGGGUUCAUCAUAUUUUUUUUUUAGAUGCUCUUACCAAUGUUUUAGAUGAGUGAAUUGAAUGAGAUGAUAGGAAUUAUGAUAUUAUAUUCAUUGACAUCAGUACUUACAUAAUCGAUGAUUUAAACAUAGAUCAUAAAUAAUUCAUGUGUUUUUGUUGUGUAUUAAUCCCAAAUGGUGAUUGUGACCUGUACACUAUUUAAGUGGUAGAUUUGGCUAUCUUUCAGGAAGCCUGUUUAUUUUUAUACCAAGUAAAUUAAAUGCUUUGUUAGAUAACACUAAAGCCAAAACAAGUGAUAAUGCUGUGGGCAAAAGUUUUGAAUUUUUCGUUGAUCUGUCAAAGUUGGCUGAAAACAGAAUUAUAUAUACUAAGAGAAACUGUAAACUGCAGUUUAGAAGUCUGGUUGAUGCCUCCAUUUACACCUGGAGAAGUUGGUGGUCAUAUAAUUGUGCAUAUGUUCACUGAACAGAGUGAUAGUAAUUUCUUACUUACCAAGCUUAAGGGCCAUACUGGGGGGUAUUGGCACAAGGUUGUGGAAGUACUUAAACCUUAGUGCAAUAUUCCCCAGUAUGGCUCAAGCAAGUGAGGUUAGUAAGUAGUCUACAAUGUGGCUCUUAAACCAAACUUGUUUAUUUUGAAUUUGCUGGCUUUUGAGAACAAAGAUACACCGCUUAAGACUGUUUUGUAGAAAUGGUUCAUUUGGCAAAACUUUGACCAGCUAUUGAUUUAUGUAAUAAUAUUUAAUUUUGCACGAUUCAUGCUUUAAGAUGAUUUCCAAGUAACUGACUUGUGCUCAGUUGUCUUUUAUGCUCCUUUUUCCUGCACAAGUGUGAUGCACUCCUCUUUCUCCAUAGGAACCAAAUUUAUUUCUCCUAUACAAACACUAAGUGCACUAUUAGACUUGUUUGUUUCAGUUAUGAGGAGGAACAAUUUUGUCACCAAAAAGUCCAGGACAUUAAAUUUUUACUCUGCAGAAAAUUAAAUACUGGAAAGGUU